AUGUCCGAACUUGAAGGCGCUGAUCUCAGCUCUCUGAGCCCUGGCAAUAUAUUUAACAAAGUUUUUGCAGAGUCAUGUGAUUUUACAUCCGAUUUCUCCAAUCCUAUACACAACUCUGGGGAUAAAGAAACCCACAACAAAACCGAGGAGACUAUCUCACUAAUAGAAUCCAACGGCGAGGAAAAUAUCGACGCGGCUGUGGAUGAUACGUUGAGCCACGCCAAUGAAGAAUAUGAUGGCUCAACGCAAUAUAAAAGUCUCCGUCCUCCUAGAAAUAAAUUUCCGAGAAUUUCCCAACCCUUGGGCUGUUCAACUCUCGUGGAAAUACCCUCGGGGAAUUUGAAUGUGAGACUAAAAAAUCACCGGCUGCCUGGCGAAUUCGAAUCCACCGGUAGAGUACAAAUAAAUGGCACCGCUAAACCCCUAUGGUUUCCUGGAUAUCUCGUCAUAAGCUCCAUGCAACCAAAUUACCUCCAGAUAACUCCAAAUCCGGAAGCUGCAUUGUCUGAAAUUUGGAGGCUCUGCAGACCCCAGAAUAUUCUACCAGCAUCAAAACUCAUUCUCGAAUAA